AUGUCGACGAGACAAACGACUCUGGCUUCCGUAGUCUUCGGACUGCUUGUAUUUUAUCCGAUUCUCGUCUCCUCGCAGGCCGUCCCACCGCCGGGACCUACCCAACCGGGCACGGCGCCGAACUGCAACAAAUGGCAUAUUGUCAUCUCUGGCUCUGGCGACAACUGUGAUAAUGUGGCGGCGAGAUACAAGAUCACCCUGGCGCAGUUCCUCAAGUGGAACCCGGCGGUCUCGAGCGACUGUCUGCAGUUCUUCUGGCCCGACUACGCCUACUGCGUAUCGGUCGACGCCAGCAUCACUGCCGUCCCGACCACUUCGGCAUCCGUCCGGACCACUUUUGCCACGCGGACAACCUCUGCCGUCUCGACUUCUGUGCUGCCGCCUGUCUCAACUCCUUCAUACACCUUCAACCACCCCGUGACGGACCUCAACAUCACGACGCCCACGGUCCCGACCGAGGAGUGGCCACCCAAGAACACACAGGCAGGUCAGCCCUCGUACUGCAACGACUGGCACCUCGUGAUGCCGGGCGAAUCAUGUCGGGCCAUCGUCCUGCAGCACGGCAGCUGGAUGGGCAUCGAGGACUUCUUCCUCUGGAACCCGGCCGUCGGGUCCGACUGCAUGGGCCUCAGCCUGUACAAGUACGUCUGCGUCGGGAUCCAGCCGCAGACGCAAAUCUCCAUCGACUUCCCCACGGUCACCAACAACGCCACCGUCCCGCCCAUGGUGAUCCCGACGGCCGUGGAGCUGCCGCCCGUCGACAACAACUUUGCGCCUUCGCCGGCCCAGGGGCCGCUACCCACCGACUGCGUAGAGUACUACUUGACCCAGCCGGGAGAGACGUGCCGCGACGUGGUGGCCAAGCACGACAGCAUCACGCAGGCGCAGUUCCUGGCGUGGCACCCCUUCCUGAACGGCAACUGCGACGGCUUGUGGCUGGGCUAUUACUACUGCAUACUGGUGGAGAACUUCAUCCCCGAGCCUCCCGUCGAGACGAGCGCGCCAUCGCCCGUCGAAGCCGGCAUCGUGUCUGACUGUCGGGCCUGGUUCAAAGCCACCGGCCCGACCUGGACCUGCGAGCAAUUUGUGCUCAUCUUCGGCCGCUUCUCGCUUUUCGACUUUAUCAAGUGGAACCCCGCCGUCGGUUCAUCGUGUGAGAACAGCAUCAAGGCCGACUAUUGGUACUGUGUCGCCGUGCCCGACACUCCUACGACGCGGACCGCGACGCUACCCGGAGUCACGAGUACGGCCACUGUCGUGCCGCCGACUUCCACCACGGCUUCCCCUCCCCCAGCGACGCCCACACCCACCCAGCCGGGCAUGAUAUCCGGCUGCCGCAAGUUCUACUUUGUUCAGUCCGGCGACGGGUGUUGGGUCAUUGCCAACUCGGCGGGCAUCGAGCUGACUGACUUUUACAAAUGGAACCCUGGGGUCGAGGAGUGCGGCAAGCUGUGGCCAGAGUACUAUGUCUGCGUUGGUAUAUAG